AUGGCGCUGGCAUUUAGAUCGAAGCCCCUAGGGCUGAAUCGGUAUCUCCUUUCCACGCCGAUAUCAUCCAGACUGCCUAGCCGAUAUGCGGCAUCUACUUCACGGUCAUACGCUACUUCCGACCGACUCCCGAAGAUCGCAGAUGCUUCAGUAUGGACGUCGAUGAUCCCCAGAUUUAUUCGAGAUCGCAAAUCGCGCGGAACCAAAAAAUCCAAGGAAUGGAAUCCGGCCACAUUCUACAUCGUCAUGUUUACUUUGAUCGGAUCACAAGCAAUCCGUAUGCUCUCCUUGAAGAACAGUUAUGCGACAUACACCCGCACGACGGAUGCGAAGAUUGAAUUACUUAAGGAGGUCAUUGAACGGAUCAAGAGUGGGGAGAAGGUCGAUGUGGAAAAGUUAUUAGGAACAGGAGACAACACGCAGGAGCGAGAGUGGGAAGAAGUCUUGAGAGAAAUCGAGCAGGAAGACACACUUUGGCAGCAGAGAAACAAUAAGGGAUCAAAGCAGGAGCCCAACGAGAUCAAGAUGGAGGUGACACAACAUCCGGAGGCUAAAGAACCGGCAUUGCCUGCUACGCCGAGUGCAGAUGAGCAGACUGAAAAGACGCAACCUAAACGCAAGCUGAACUUCUUCUAA